CUUGGCUUCAAAGAGUUUCUCGACGACUCUCACCAUCCUUUCUCUUUCUCUCGUUCUCUCGAAGUUGCGCCAGCCUCGCUGCCUCAGCAGAACGAUCCAAUUUCCUAGCAGCGUUAGGAAAAGUCGCCACCAUGGGUAAGACCAGGGGUAUGGGAGCUGGGCGCAAGCUCAAGACCCACCGUAGAGCUCAGCUGUGGGCUGACAAGUCUUACAAGAAGAGUCACUUGGGUAACGAGUGGAAGAAGCCCUUCGCCGGCUCUUCCCACGCCAAGGGAAUCGUUCUCGAGAAGAUUGGUAUUGAGGCUAAGCAGCCUAACUCCGCUAUCCGAAAGUGUGCUCGAGUACAACUUAUCAAGAACGGAAAGAAGAUUGCUGCCUUCGUACCCAACGAUGGUUGUUUGAACUACAUUGAGGAGAACGACGAAGUUCUCAUCGCUGGAUUCGGUCGUAAGGGACACGCAGUGGGAGAUAUUCCCGGAGUACGAUUCAAAGUCGUGAAGGUUUCCGGUGUCUCAUUGCUCGCUCUUUUCAAGGAAAAGAAGGAAAAGCCCCGAUCAUAGAGCGAUUUCUGCUUCUUUCCUGCCCAGUUCGAGUCUCUUCCUGCAGGGUAUGCCCAGUUUGAGUCUCCGCCUGCAGGGUAUGUAGCGCUACUUAGCGCUAGAGGGAUUUCAGGGUACGUAGCGCUAGAGAGAUUUUUAAUCUCAGAUUUUAUCAUUGACUACUGUAAACAGUAAACGCGGCCUCUUCUAUUAAAAAAUGACCUCCCAGAGUUUCUUUCUCC